AUGACGUGCAGAUCGCUGCUGCGGUGCGCCCUUCGAGGUCGCUUACCUGCAUCCUCUCGCCCGAUAUGCCGGAGUCUUGUUGCUCACCGAGCUCCUUUUCGGUCGUAUGCGACAUCGGUUCCGGCCGCGGACCUCAAGUUCGGCCAGCCAUUGCACGAGACACACCCCCAUAUCCUGAAUCCCGGAGAACUCACGCCCGGGAUAACAGCCCUGGAAUAUGCCCAGCGCCGUUCCCGACUCGCAAAUAAGCUACCCAAGGGCGCAGUUGCGGUGCUGGCCGCGUCAGAGGUCAAGUACCGUGCUUCGGGCAUCUUUCACGAGUACCGACAAGAGUCCAAUUUCUAUUACCUGACAGGUAAGGGCUCGCGUGCGCAGGACGGACAAGGAAAAAAUAUUGAUGUUCUGUUAUCGACAGGAUUCAACGAACCGAAUGCUCUGGCGGUUAUAGCGAACGACGGGUCCGGCAACAAUCACAUCUUUCACCUCUAUGUGCGCGAGAAGAAUCCCAAGGCGGAGCUCUGGGACGGAGCCCGGUCCGGCACUCAGGCGGCCGUGGACGUCUUCAAUGCGGACGAAACCGGAGAUAUUGAACAGAUCAGUGAGAUUCUUCCGAAGAUCCUCAGCGAAGCUACCGAGGUUUUCUCCGACAUCCCUACGUUUGACGGCUCGAGGUCGACUCUGCAUCGCUUUCUGUACGGACCGACGGUUGCAUCGGAGAAGCUGAAGAAAUUCGUCGACCACCGUAAGGUCAAGCCGCUGAAGGGAAUGCUGAAUGAGAUGAGGGCGUUCAAGAGCGAGAAUGAAGUGGUACAUAUGCGUCGACUGGGGCAAGCGUCUGGCCGCGCCUUCACCGAGUCCAUGCGGCAUGAUUUUGAGGGAGAAAAAGAUCUGUGCUCGUUUCUGGAGUACCAGUUCAAAGUAAAUGGCUGCGAUACCAGCGCAUUUGUCCCCGUCGUCGCUGGUGGCUCUAAUGCCCUGAGUAUUCAUUACACGAGGAAUGACGAUCUCCUGCGGGAUGGAGAUUUGGUUCUGGUUGAUGGUGGCGGCGAACUAGGUGGCUAUAUUUCCGAUAUCACCAGGACAUGGCCCGUCAACGGGAAAUUCACUGGGCCGCAACGGGAUCUCUACAACGCUGUGCUCAAUGUCCACCGGACUUGCCUCGCUCUAUGUCGGGAAAGCUCGAAGCUUACUCUGGACAAGCUGCACGGAAUUGCCGAGAAUGGGCUCAAGGACCAACUACAGCAGCUUGGCUUUGACGUCUCAGGAACUGUAUGCACCAUACCCUCCCACAAUUGUUUAGCUGCUAACUGCUGCCAGGCGAUGACGACUCUUUUCCCGCAUCACUUGGGACACUAUAUUGGUCUGGAUGUCCAUGACUGCCCUGGCUAUUCCCGGGGGUAUGAACUGAAGGCGGGCCAAUGUAUCACCAUCGAACCCGGUAUCUAUGUCCCCGACGACGAUCGGUGGCCUGCACACUUCCGCGGCAUUGGCAUUCGCAUCGAGGAUAGCGUGUGUGUUGGGGACGACCAUCCGAUUGUGUUGACUACGGAGGCAGUUAAAGAGGUCGAUGACAUCGAAGCCCUGCGGUCAUAG